AUGGAGCAGAGGGAGGGAGAGGUGGAGGAGAGGAAGGGAGAAGUGGAGCAGAGCGGGACUGAGAGGGAGGAGAGGAGCCGGUCCGCCUGUGUCGUCGGUGUGAGUCUGUGUGGGUCCACCCCUCUGCUGUGGCGGUGUGUGGACCUGCGGGCGGUUCGGGACCGCGGUCUGGUCGGGUCGCUGGUGGGGUCUCUGACCCGACAGCCGAGGCAGAACUGCCGGCUGGGCAGACCGCUGCAGCUGCUGCGGGAGGAGGCGCGUCUGCUGGCGGAGACGGGGGCGGCCAAGGUGGUGCCGGCUGGAGACGAGGGAGAAGCGGGAGGAGGAUCCGCGGAGGAGCAGCAGCAGCUCGUGCAGCAGUACGAGGAGGAGCAGCAGAGGAGCUUUGAGGAGCAAAGCGUUCUCGCUCUUCAAGACAGGAAGUCGACGCUGCUCCGAGCCUUGACGGACAGAUGUCCAGACGGAGCAUCCGAGGCGCUGACGGAGCGACUGGAGGUUUUGGACCGCACCUUCAGCUUCCCUCGCUCGGCCAUGGCUGUCCAGCUAAACACAGCCCGGGCGAGGCUGAGCUACUGUCCAGAGGAGAAGGCCUUCCUGAAGACCGGUGGUCCUCAGGAGAACCAGAACCAGCGUGCCGAGGUCCGGUUCAGUGUGUUCAGAGACCUGAGACGGAGAGGCUUCCACAUGACGUCCGCGGGGAAGUUCGGAGGCGACUUCCUCGUCUAUUCAGGGGACCCUCUUCGUUUCCAUGCUCACUUCAUCGCCGUGUGUCUCUCUCUGGAUGAGUCCGUCUGUUCGUCGGACGUCCUGGUUCUGGCCCGUCUGGGCUCUAACGUCAAGAAGACCGUUCUGCUGUGUUCACCAGGGCAGGACGAAGUGACAUACACCUCCUUACAGUGGAGCGGGAUGGUCUAGACCCACAACCACAUGAACACUUCCUCGCACACUCUGGACCCUUACAUGUGAUGCUAUCUGCUAGCUAGCCUCAUCCUUGUGAGUAUAGCCUGCUUCUGAUUGUUUGAGGUCUGGAGGAGGCCCUGGUUUCCUGUAGGGAUGUGCUUUAUCUGAUUCCAUACAUCUGCUGUGAAACCCAGUUUAACCAAAGAAUGCCACGGUUUUCAUUUCCUGUCAAAACAAGAACCACUUUAUUGGUGAGGUUUGAUCCGUUGGAAGGCCACACACAAUACUUGUGUCUCCGUUGUCUGGUAGCAACCACUGAUGUAUGUUUCACACUCAGCAUGAACUCAGUGGUAGUGAUGAUAGUGUGUUAGUGAUGACAGUGUGUUAUCAUAGUGUGUUAGUUUUAAUGGAACUUGCUCGAGCAGUCUCAACAGAAACAAAUCUAGUUCCAACUUGGUGUGUUAGAACCAAGUCAGGAAUUGUGUGUUCAGUUGUGAUCUAAACAGCAGUCAUUGGUUGGGGUCAGUGAUUGACAGGUGUGUGUUCUUCAGUUGACUUCACACGCCCUUUUGGAAAAUUCAGUCAUUCAAGUUGCAUUUUAAUGCAAAGGGCAUAGUUGUGCAUGGGUGCAGUGAGGAGUUCAGGGUCUUGCUCAAGGACACUGUCAUUGUUGUCAGGAGGAGCCGAGGGAUCUCUUUGAUUAAUAAAGUAAUUAUUCAGGGUAGUUCUUUAAACUACUGCACGCUGGAAAGUUUCAGUUUUUUUUUUUUUACUUUGGGCUCUGGGGAACUGCGCAGCACUAAAGCUGCAGUACCAACUUUAACCACCAGGGUGAAUUAACUGAAGGCAGUGGCCUCCAUCAGAUAAUAGCCUUCAAACCUGAUCCUCUAGCUGAAACAGCUCUGACUGCUCUGACUUCAGAAAAUAUGGAUUAAGUUUAAAAAUACGAUCCUGGUGUCCUGGUAGUGUGGCGGUCUAUUCUGUUGCCUACCAACACGGGGACCGCCAGAUCGAAUCCCUGUGUUACCUCCGGCUUGGUUGGGCGUCUCUACAGACACAAUUGGCUGUGUCUGCGGGUGGGAAGCCAGAUGUGGGUAUGUGUCCUGGUCGCCGCACUAGCACCUCCUCUGGUUGGUCGGGGUGCUUGUUCAGGGGGGGGGGGGACAAGCGUGAUCCUCCCACACACUACGUUCCUCUGGUGAAACUCCUCACUGUCGGGUGAAAAGAAGCGGCUGGCGACUCCACGUGUAUCGGAGGAGGCAUGUGGUAGUCUGCAGCCCUCCCCGGAUCAGCGGAGGGGGUGGAGCAGAGACCGGGACGGCUCGGAAGAGUGGGCUAAUUGGCUGCAUACAAUUGGGGAGAAAAUACAAUCCUGAAUAUUUACAUGUAAACAAGUACUGUUGUGAUGCUCUGUCUCUGGUGUAUUUAAGACUAUCUAGUCCACGAGUAUCAAAUCCUGCAGACUUUAGUAGUAUUUAAUGUGAAUGGCUGGUGCCCGGUAGGACUUGCCAGGAAAAAUGAUUGGGUGUGUAGUGUCUUCCAUCUUUCAUCUUCAUCAUAGCAGCCACAUGAGGGAGAAGAAGGCAGGUAGUGUUGAGUUUGAAGACGUGAACUUGUGUCUAAGCAGCAGAUAUGACAGAACAAGCCGGUUAGCAGACCUUUACUAACACAUAGUCCAACGUCAGUAAGUGAAACUCGGGUUCAACCAGGUUUUUUGUUCGUUUCUGACGCAACAGCCCUGCUGACCCUCAUUCAUCUGGAAUGGAGCUCAAACAUCUACACAGGACUCACAGUUACAAUAAAACCAGGAGAUUCAGGACUGAGCUUAAAGCUUUUAAAAUGAUGAUGGUGUACACAGUCAGAUGGGUCGCUGUCCUGCAGGACACGGGCUGGAUGAUGGUGUACACGGUCAGAUGGAUCGCUGUCCUGCAGGA